AUCUGGGAUAACCAGUACACUCCUAAUUGUUGAGUACGUUUAGACUAUAUAUAAGUUUAGCAUAUCAACUGGUACUGUAAAAUAGAUAGAUAUUUUCUGAAGGAAGAACUAAAUUCUAGUUUUGUGAUAUUUGACGAAGAUAAAAACUGGGCAUGGAGAAUUUCCCACCUUUGACACCAAUAAUUGACACCCUUCGAGGAUUGACAAUAAAACUACAGGAAGGUUCAGACUACAUAGACGAGGUGCAAAGAAAUUUUGGUUUACAGAAACUACAGAGUCGUAGAAUGAUAAAUAUGUUAUCAAAAUCUUUAAAAUCCAGAGUAAAGAGACUCAAAGAAAGUGGGGUACAGAAAGCACUUAAAAAGAUUCAUUCAAUGUUUUUAAGAUCACAUAAACGCUUUACGAGAGCGAAACGAUUUCUGAUGCAUAUUUACAAAAACGAAACUGAAUUUCUAAAUGAGGGUACCAGAUUCAACGAUCUGCUGCCAAAAGUAAAUUCCAUUCUGCAGGAUCUUGACAUUGCUAUCGACGAAUCAAAUACAAGAAGGAAAUUAAACAAUGAAAACAUUUCUGCUGAAACUUACACGUCUAAAAUCUCAGACAAAAUCGAUCAUGCCAGAAAUAGUACUGAUGAUGAAAGUGAAAGUAGCUCAUCAAGUGAUGAUUCAGAAGAUGAAAGUAAAGAUGAAGUGGAUGACAAUAGUGACGAUGACAUGACAUACCGUUCAAGAGACAGAUAUGGUCGUUGGCAAGAAGAUUUUAUUAAGUUGUAUAAAAUUAAACUUAUGUUUGAGAGAGAGCGAUCUAAUUACGAGCUAUUAUAUAAUUUUCAUCCAAUGAAAACUUCUCAGUAAUAAAUAUGUUCGUGACACAACACAUUUAUAUGAAACUUUAUAUAUAAUGAAUAAAUGGAUAUGUAAUUGAAAAAAACACAUGACGGGGUGUUUUUUUUUUUCGUUUAAAAUGUUACGGUAUUCGGUAUCUUUACAAAAAUCGACGUAAAGGCUGGUACGUAAAGGUGAACAGUUUUGUGGAAACCAUUGAUGCCUGUGAUAUAUUUAAUGAUACAUUAAUUUCUAUAAAAACUGUUAUGCGAACAAUAAAUUAACGUUUUGAUGUUGUUAAUAACGAUGAAUUAAAACAAGAGCUGUUUGACGAUUCGAACAAUGUAAACGGAAAUAAAUUAAGAACAUACCGUUUAUACAAAACAAACGUUAAAACUGAGCGAUACCUUAAGCUAAAUCUUCAAAAAUAUGUGCGACGAACUGUUACGCUUUUCCGUAGCGGGUCUCUACAGUUGGCGAUCGAGACAGGACGAUAUGCCCAACCGCGAACACCAGUAGAUUAAAGACUAUGCCGACUAUUUUUAGGAACGAUGUUGAAAGUGAAAAUCAUUUUUUGUUGGUUUGCCCAUUAUAUGACGAUAUUACUAGGUUUGAAUUGUUUACGAAAGCUAGAACUUUAAUUGAUGGUUUUGAUACUCCUGAUAUGGACAGUAAAUUUAUCGAAAUAAUGUCUUGUGAAGAUACAUGUAUACAAACUCCUUUGUCGUAUGCAAUUUUUUAAUCUUUUCAAAUGCGAAAACUAUUUAGCACAUGAGAAUUUAUUAAGAAAUAAUAUUUAUUUUUUAACUAUUUAUAACUAAAAAAAAAAAUUCAGUCUUAAGUAACUCUCUCUACUGGUGACCCACUGGUUGCCUUCGGCUGUUUUCUGCUCUGUGGUCGGGUUGUUGUCUUUUUGACACAUUCCCCAUUUCCAUUCUCAAUUUUAUUGAUAACUUAUUAAUUUAGUAUUUUGGGAAAAUUUGUUUUUAAAGUUUAACUGUAAUAUACAUGUAUAUCGAAUUCUAUUGAUCUAUUUUUAUUUCUUAUCUUUAAAGCUCAGUGUGGUGUUUAAUAAAAAUAAUUUAAAUCUUUUUUUGGAUUUUUAGAAUUUGAAUUUUACACAUAUAGACUAAGUGUGACUUGUUUAAUUAAUUCUUUUAACACAUAGAUUUUAUAAUUGUUUGUACAUAAGUGUAACAUAAGUCUACAUAAGGCUGGAUAUUUGGUCAUUUUAAUUCUGUGUUGUUUAUGUAAUUGUAUAUAUAUAUAUAUGUCUGAUCAAAUAUGUGACACGAUCAUAAAAUAAAUCAUUAUUAUUAUUAUUA